AACCAACAAGGGGAGCCACAACCUUAGUUUAGCAUAUUGAUUUGAUCCCUACGUGACCGUCUCCUUGCAAAACCGACCUGCGUUUCCUCCCACAUGUGUUUACGACACUUGAUCUAGGAUCUCGGUGGGAUCUGAUUCCUUACUCUUCCUCAACCGGCGAUCUGAAACUUCUCCCGCAGAUUCGAACUGUAUUCUUCAAUUCCUUCCGAUUUUGGUUUGGAUCUGAACCUUUUGAACCAAAUCCCAGGGGAACAUGUUCAUCUUCGAUUGGUUCUAUGGCAUUCUAGCUUCUCUGGGUCUCUGGCAGAAAGAAGCCAAGAUUCUAUUCCUGGGUCUUGACAAUGCUGGAAAGACCACUCUCCUUCACAUGCUGAAAGAUGAGAGAUUAGUUCAGCACCAGCCAACACAACACCCCACUUCAGAGGAAUUGAGCAUCGGGAAGAUUAAAUUUAAGGCUUUUGAUUUGGGUGGUCACCAAGUUGCCCGCAGAGUCUGGAAAGACUAUUAUGCCAAGGUGGAUGCUGUUGUGUACCUGGUGGAUGCCUAUGACAAAGAGAGAUUUGCAGAAUCUAAGAAGGAGCUAGAUGGCCUCCUUUCAGACGAGUCUUUGGCAAAUGUGCCAUUUCUAAUAUUAGGGAACAAGAUUGACAUUCCAUAUGCUGCUUCAGAAGAAGAGCUUCGAUAUCAUCUAGGGUUGACCAAUUUCACAACAGGCAAGGGAAAGGUCAAUCUCUCAGAAUCCAAUCUGAGGCCUCUUGAGGUGUUUUUGUGCAGCAUUGUUCGCAAGAUGGGAUAUGGAGAAGGCUUCAAGUGGAUUUCCCAGUAUAUCAAGUAGAUAUUUCCCCUCUUGUUAAUCAAUUAGCACCAUGUCUGCAGUUUUCAGAAGAGUUUCUUCCCCCUGUCUUUCAAUUGGUUCUUGAUUGGAUUAUUUGAAUCUCACAUCUGCAGGAAUGUUAUGUGCUGCAUUCUGUAUCUUAAGAGCAUUUUUUGGGGAACAAUUUUCCUUAUAAAUUUAGUUUACUGUUUUUUUUU